UAAGAAAUUCAGAGUGAAACAGCUUCGGUCAAUCAGUCUUUAUUUGUCGUCUGCCUCCAUAACCCUACUCAUUUCUAGUUUCUGCCCACCUAAUUUGCGUCAUUGGUAGUGAAUCCUGGCCCUUGUAGCUAACUCAACUCCAUUUAUGUGCUUAUUUUUUCAAUAAUUUCUGUAAACUAAUUCAUUGAUAUCAAUUUGUUACUUUGAACUCAUUAGGAUUUGAUUAAUCCCCCGUAUUUACUCAUUCUUCAAGCCUAAUUUUGUUAAGUUUUUCCUUUUUGAAUCCGAUUUAAGCUUUCUCUGCUUGUAACCUCAGCAAUUGGAUAAUUCUCAAUAUUUCUCUUCGAUUCCUUGAAUGCUGUCGCCAGCCAUGGGUGUAGAUGAGGAUAUGGCUCCAAAGAAGAAGAAAGAGCCCACUGAAAACGAGAAGAGGAGAAUGAAAAUUGUGCCUGGGACUUUGAUGAAAGCUGAGAUGAGACCUGGUGGGGGUGAUGCUAGACCAUCAGAUGGUGACCAGGCAAGGGCACCCCAAUAAGACAAGUUUUGGGCAAAAGUAAGAUGCUGCUGGGAUUGCUGGAAGGACUUCCCACAAUGCUGAAGGGUGAAGUGGCAAUGUUCAAGAUGAAGCCUGAAAUGCACUAUGGCGAAGUUGAUUGUCCGGUUUCACCUCCAAGUAGCUUUCCACAGGAAGAUGAACUUCAUUUUGAGAUUGAAAUGAUAGACUUUUCUAAAGUCAAGGUGGUGGGUGAUGAUUUCGGAGUUAUAAAGAAGGUAGUAAAUGAAGGACUGGGCUGGGAAUCUCCAAGGGAACCUUAUGAAGUAAAAGCUAGGAUUUCUGCCAAGACAGGCAAUGGGAAAGUAAUUCUAUCACAUACAGAAGAACCAUAUUGCUUUACUUUUGGCAAAUCUGAGGUUCCUAAAGGACUUGAAAUGGGGAUGGGAACAAUGGCACAAGAAGAGAAAGCAGUAAUAUAUGUUACCAAUGAGUACUUAACCGAGUCUCCUCUUAUGUCUCUGAUAGAAGAUCUUGAUGAAGUUCAUUUUGAAGUGGAGCUUGUCCAUUUCACUCAGGUGCGGGACAUGCUUGGAGAUGGGCGCCUGAUAAAGCGUCGGCUUCAUGAUGGAAAAGGCGAGUUUCCCAUGGAUUGCCCCCUUCAUGACAGUCUACUAAGGGUCCAUUACAAGGGUAUGCUUCUCAAUGAGGAAAAGAAGGUCUUCUAUGAUACAAGAGUUGAUAAUGAUGGUCAGCCUUUGGAGUUCAGUUCUGGGGAAGGGCUAGUCCCUGAAGGAUUUGAAAUGUGUGUUCGUCUAAUGCUUCCUGGAGAGAUAGCUCUUGUCACUUGCCCUCCUGAUUAUGCAUAUGACAAGUUCCAGAGGCCAGCUAAUGUUCCUGAAGGUGCUCAUAUUCAAUGGGAAAUUGAGCUACUUGGUUUUGAGAUGCCAAAGGAUUGGACUGGUAUGGAUUUUCCUAGUAUAAUGGGUGAAGCAGAGAAGAUUAGAAACACAGGAAACAGGCUCUUCAAAGAGGGAAAGUUUGAACUUUCCAAGGCAAAAUAUGAGAAGGUGCUUAGGGAAUUUAAUCAUGUAAAUCCACAAGAUGAUGAAGAAGGGAAGGUUUUUGCAGAUACUAGAAACUUGUUAAAUUUAAACUUGGCUGCAUGCUAUCUCAAACUGGGAGAAUGCAAAAAAUCCAUCGAGUAUUGCAACAAGGUUUUGGAUAUAAAUCCUGCACAUGCGAAGGCUCUAUAUCGCCGUGGAAUGGCCUACAUGACAGAUGGAGAUUUUGAGGAAGCAAAAAAUGAUUUUGAGAAGAUGAUGAAAGUUGACAAGUCCUCUGAACCUGAUGCAACGGCAGCGCUUCAAAAACUGAAGCAGAAGAAACAGGAAUUUGAGAAGAAGGCCCGUAAACAAUUUAAAGGACUAUUCGACAAGAAGCCAGGAGAAAUUGCAGAUGUUGGAACUCAAGAUACAGAAGAAAGAGGUACAAGUGAAAAUCAAAAUCAGAGGAAAGAUGAUCAGGAGGAUUCAGAUGGGAUUGAGGAAGAGGCAUUGCUUCAAAAUGCAGCCAAUGCGCCUAGAGUAGGCUUGUUCUCUCGCUUGUGGCCUACUGGUAAAAGAUUAUUUUCUGCUCUUGGUCUUCAAAGAUGUACAAUAUUGUGACAUGAAAUAAUUUGUUUUAGGAACCAACUUGUUAUAUUUCUUGAUUUGGCAAUACAUUCUUGCACUUUGAUUUAGUAAAAGUUCAUUUCUAAGGGAAUAAAUUUUGGCUGAACGCA